AUGAUGAAAAAAGAAUCCAAGAAUUCCUCUAGUGACUUAAGUGCCUCCUCACCUUACAACAACGCAAAUAUUGAAUUGGUUGUUGGGCCUAACCAAGAAAUAAUGGUUAUUGCUCCUUCACCUAUUCAGUUUGCACAUUGUGAGAAUGAAGAUGAAGUUGAAGAGUUAAGAAUUCUAUAUGCCAUUGGUUUUAACAAAAACCUAGAUUUUGCUCAAUUUUUCUUCGAUCAGAUAGUGGACUGUAUCAGCGCAACAAGCAUCCAAAAUAUGUGCCAUAUCAACACUGGAGUCCUGUUCUUUAGUGACUUAAGUGCCUCCUCACCUUACAACAACACAGAUAUUGAAUUGGUUGUUGUGCCUAACCAAGAAAUAGAGGUUAUUGCUGCUUCAUCUAUUCAUUUUGCACUUUGUGAGAAUGAAGAUGAAGUUGAAGUGCAUUGUUCUAUGGUGGAGGACACUAAAGAUAUUUUUGAUUCUCCUUCUAGUUCUCAUCACAAUGAUCAAGCUCUAGUACUACUACCACCUUCUCCUACUAGUAACAAUCCUCCAGCUCUAUUUCAACCACCUCCUCCUUCAAAUCCUCCACCUACAAUUCCCUUCCACCUCUCAACACUUCUUCAAGAUCUCCUCCAGCCUGAUAUUGGUGAUGAUGAAGCUAAUCCUGAUGGCAAGACUCCUCAAGGCAUUGAUAGUGAUGUUGAGUCUGAUGAUGAUCAGCUCAUCACAAGAAAAUGGAAGACCACCUCCUUAAGUGGAGUUCAUGAUGCUGGUGAAGGCUCCUUAGCUCCUCCCAGCAAGAAAAGGAAGCUCACGGUCAAUCUAGACACAUUGGCCAGGGACUGUAGAUUGCCAGUUGAGGAGGUCUGA